CUCAAACAGGGAUUGUUGCAGCACAGUGGUGCUGUGUUUACCUCCUUGUUUCUGUAACAAGGCCGUUUUCUGGUACCUUCUGUUGUCAUUUUUCAUGAAUGAAAAAUAAUUAUGGAAACAGUAAAUUAUGUGAAAUAACGGUGCUGUAGAUAACCUUUACACUUUACUCUUUCAGUAGCAGAGAACUAUCAGUGAGUGAAAUAAAGUGGUGGCUGUUAAAAUUUUAAUGGCUUGUGCUGCUGAGUCAAUGGUUGGAGCGACUUCUGUAUUUAUUUUUUACAAAGAAAAAGAAAAAUCACUUCUUUAUAAAGGAUCACAGUCCUAGGGUAAUUACAGUAUGGACCUAUGUCUAUCAGAAAAAGGCUCUAUAAACUAUUGUUCAUUUCAGGAAGUAGAUGGGAAAGGUAAAUGAGGAGUGAGAGGUAACUCCUCCUGAACUUGGUUGUCUGGUUCUACUAACUGCCUUAAGAAUUUUUGUUCAGCAAUCUCCAAGCUGGUGCUGAGUCCAAAAGGUAAGGAGGAAUUCAAGUAUUUUCACUCUUUGAUCCUCUGAUCUGUGACCUGUGUGCAAUUACCUCAUGAAAACAGCUGCAGCUCUUUUGAAUGAAGGAUAUUCUACAGGUGAUGGUUUGUUUGAAGUGCUAACCCUUACACUACAGUAGUCAGGAACUUAAGUAGUGUCAGUUCAGGCCCAAGGACUGGUGUCAAUUCAGAGACUAAAGCAAGGGCUGCUACUGCUGCUGUGCCAGAAAAAAAACGCUGUCCAGAAAGGAUGGCGCUGCUGCUGAGGGAAAAAUGAGCCGUGCCCCAUCUGGGCUCCCUGAAAGCAGGAGCCUUAGCAAUACUUUUUCAGACCGGAAAGAGGGAAGUUGGUUGUGGGCAGCUUGUGCGCUCGGUUCGGGGCUGUGCGAUGAUCGAAACUUCAGUUUCAGCGCGUUGUUAGCAGCGCGGCUAGAAGCGUUGCAGCAGGGCUGCUCGCAGCUCGCCGCGGUUCCCGACCGGUUACUCGCAGUCCGCCGGUUACCGACUCCCGGUGCAGUGCUGGGGCGGCUCCUCGGCGCGAGGCGGCCCCCAAGGAGUUCCUCCUUUCGCGUGCCGGGGCCGAGCCUCCCGCCGGGCUCCACCCGCAGAGCUCCGCGCCGGGCGGCGGUGAUGGACCGCGACCGCAACAAGACGCUGCUGCAGGAGCUGCUGAAGGUCACCGGGAACGGCCGCUGCGCCGACUGUGGGAAGCCGGAUCCAGAGUGGGCUUCUUACAAACUUGGAAUAUUCAUUUGUUUGAUGUGCUCCGGAAUCCAUCGCAAUCUUCCUCAAGUCAGCAGGGUCAAAUCCCUUUGGCUUGACUUCUGGGAGAACGAUCUUAUAGAGUUUAUGAAGAAGCACGGGAAUCUCUGUGCCAAAGCUAAAUAUGAAGCAAAAGUCCCUCCCUAUUAUUACAUCCCCCAGUCCUGCGAUUGCCUGGUUUUAAGAGAACAAUGGAUUAGAGCUAAAUAUGAGCGUGAGGAAUUUGUUGCCACCCGAGUCUGCCAAGAUCCUUGUUCUGCAGGUAGCCAUGAAGGAUUCCUCUGGAAGCGUGGACGGGAAAGCAAGCAGUUCAAGCAGAGGCGGUUUCUCCUGUCAGCAAGGGAAGGGGUGAUGAAGUACUACACUAAAGAAUCCAAAGAUCCAAAAGCCGUUAUCAGCAUUGAGAAACUGAAUGUGAUGUUCCAGGCAGAGAAAAUCCAUCAUGCUCACGGGCUGCAAAUCACAUACAAGACAGAUGGUCAAACAAGGAACCUUUUUGUCUAUCAUGAAAGCGGAAAGGAGAUUGUUGACUGGUUCAAUGCCAUUCGGGCUGCACGUUACCAUUAUCUCAGAACUACCUUCCCAGCUCUCUCAGAGCACGAGAUCAUACCCCGGAUCACAAGAAACUAUAUCAAAGAAGGAUAUAUGGAGAAAACGGGACCAAAGCAGAAGGAGACCUUUAAGAUGCGCUGGUUCAGCCUAGACUCUGAAGAGAGGAACCUGCUGUACUUUAAAAACCCACUGGAUGCAUUUCCACAAGGCCAAGUUUUUAUUGGAAGGAGAGUCGAGGGCUAUGAAGUAAGAGCUGGCUUGCCCCAGGGAAUAUCUGUAAAGAAGAGGAAAUCAGGGAUCACCAUGGUCACACCAAUGAGAGAGUUUUUGUUUCUGUGUGAGAACGACAGGGAGCAGAGGGAGUGGAUAGAUGCCUUGAAUGGAAUAAUUGCCCAGCCCUUGUCUGGUUGAGACUAACACUGAGUUCCCGUGAACUGCACUUCUUGGGCUCUGUUUGGCACUCAUCUGCAUCCUCUUUGUGUCAGCAGGGAUGGUGCUCAAGCCCAUUCAGUGACUGUGCUACAAAGGGCUUUUUCCUUCAACAGCUACAGGCGCAGGAAGGGUGGCAAAAUAAAUGAGUGAGGGGAAUGCAGAUAUUCAGAAAUUAUCUGUCCCUUCUUUUGAAGUGCAUUCGCUCUUCCUUACAUUCUCUGCUUUUGAGCAGAUGAGGCCUGCUCAGGCUGAUGUAGGGAUAAAGUCAGUGUAGAAAGUUUGUCCAUAGAGGACUGGCACGGAUUUCCUUGAGGAUUCCUGAAGAAUGUACUUGACAAUGCAGCCAUGACAUAUAUUCUGAUAGUAAAUGUGACCAUCUGUUACAUGCUGCACAGAACAAGUGACCAAGAGACAAAGCCAUCAGCACCUGCCAGGACAGUGCAGCAUGUCCUGCUGCAUAGAUGAAAGAUAAAAAUACAUGCUGGAAUGACUGGAUGUUUUUCUUGGGGGGGAAGAGGGGGUGGGGAACAGGCAACUAUUCUACCUGCUUGCAUCUUCUGUCCAGCUAGGGACAGGGUUGUUGUCCAUGUAAUGGUUUUAAUGUCAUUUGCAGUGUUGUAUUUUCAUCACUGAAACUGUAUUAAAAAAAAAAAAAAUCACAAAAAUCAGAGGGGGAGGAAGGGACUUCUGGAGAGCACGUGCUCCAGCCCCCUGAUAAAGUAUGUUUGUAUCAUCUAUCUCACAGUUCCUAAGCUUAUCUUGUAAGGAUGUUCUUGGGGUAUGGUGUCAAAAGCCUUGCUGAAGUCAAGGCAGGCAACAUUCACUGCUUUUCCCUCAUCUACCCAACCAGUCAUGACAUCACAGAAGGCUACCAGAUCAGUCAAGUAUGAUUUUCCCUUGCUGCGCCCGUGUUGACUACUCCUGAUAACCUUCUUUUCUUUCUUCCACUUGCUUGGGCUUGGACAUGACAUCCAGAAUUAGUUGGAUGGAGGUGAGGCUGACUGUCCUGUAGACUCUUAUUAUUUGAGGAUCUGAGAAACAAGUCCUCAAAACUAAAAGUCAAGCUUGAGUUGCGAAGAAUGUCGUGGAAGCAUUCUAAUAACAUACCCUUAGAUCCUUGCUUUCAACAGUUGCUGCUAUUUGAUUAUUUUGGAAGCAGCAAAUGCAGUAUGUAGAAACCUUUUCUUUUUUUUUUUUUUUCCUCCAAAGCAGCCCCACCUACUACUCCAGUCAAGACAUGAGUUCAGGAUGAAGGCACUGGUCUGUGUCAGCUUCUAAAAAUGGGGGAAUGGGUGAGGAUUUAUAUUUGUUGAUACAGUGCACUGAGUAUUUUCCUGCCUCACAGCCAAGGCUGAGAUUUGGUUCUACUGAACAGUUAUUCAGGUACUUAAUUACUUUUUUUCAGAUUCCCUUAGUUGGCGAAUCAAGAGGAAGUCUUGCAAACUUAAGUUUCUGAUCAAGCUUCCACCUUUUGCUGAAGCUUGCCAGCCAGUAUGAGUUACCCCAAAUAGUUCUCUUCAACAGGAAUGAGGAAGUACCAAUAUGUGCAUGGAUUACUAAGAUUAACUCUUUCUACAGCAGCACAGAAAAAAAAUAAAAGAUAAAAAAAAUUAGGUCAUCAUUCUGCCUGUCUCUUAUCAUCCAACCUUGAGCAAUCUGUGUCAGUAGUUUUGUUUCCUGAUACAUGCCCAUUAACUUAAUUUCCCAGCUCACGUGCUGGUUCAGAUCUAACAGCCUAUGCCUGUAUCCUCUGAAAUCAAUAGCAAAGCACUUUCAAGAUGAGCUGAAUAAUUCAAGAUGAUCUCAGAAGAGUGCAGUCCAUCCAGUAACCUCAGCUUCAUGGACAGGGCUGCUUCUGUGGUGGUGCUUGCUCUCCCACUGUGUCAGCAACAUUGAUGUGACUUUUGUUACAAAAUCAGGAAGUUCCUUGAGAAAAUGAAACUCUGGAGCAACACAACAGCAUCUUUUUUGUAGACUCAAUAAAAGUGAAGGCCAGGUCACAGGGAGCUAGCUCCACGUGACAGUUCAUUUCUACAGUUAACCCAAACUUGGACCUGUAUUAAGCGCUCUGACAGACCUGGGAGCUCCUUGCCUCUGCCCUGGGGAGCUCAGUGCUGCAUGCUGGCUUGCAGGGCACAGCACCUCAGGGCUGUACAACAACUCCACCCAGCCUGCAGCUCCCUGCACCCCACACAUGGCAGCAGCACAAGCCUGUGGGAAACGAAACUGCACUAUGGCUGCUGCUGUUGACUUUGUGCGACUGCAGGCAGAUGUGGAACUAAGCAGCCUGAACUACUUCAUGGGCCGCGUGUGGAUCAUGGGUUGAACCCACAGCUUCUGCCAGUCCUGCAUUACCAAGUACAGCCAACUGGGAGCUGGCCACUCUGGUGAACUUAAUCCCCAGAGAGGUGGAGGAAGAAGACUUAGAGGCCUAGAAUAAACCCACAUUCUCUGGAGAUGGUGCCCAUUGCAGCCAGAACUCUGUAGGGCAGGGCCCUGGGGAAAAGGUAUGGGCAGAAGCAGACAGUGCUUCUCCCCACUGCACCUCAGCCACUAUUCUAAAUGCCCUUCAGUGGGGCCAUGAGACCCGGCCAUGGCUGGGACUGAGUUAACUGCACCUUUCAUCCUGCCUUUUUUUUCCUUUUUUUUUUUUCUUUUUUCUUUUUCCCCUGGAUACUUUGUAUUUCAUGUGUUAAUACUGGCAUUGUUGUAAUAGUGUUGCGUUUUGCUGACUCGGGCAGAUAGGUUUAGCUGAAGCAGUGUGGAGUUCACUGGUGGUGUCUGCAAGUUGAGGAUUGCAUUUUUUGAAAGAAUUAAUAGCAAAAUGUGCUCAGCUGGUCUAAGGUAUAAUAGCUAGCUGAUCUUAGUGCUGGACUUCUGAACUCCAGGAAGUGCCUAAAUCAGCAAGCUCUCAGGUCAGUUUAGAACAGGGAAGGGUGUGAAUACUCAGAGAAGAGAUGGGGCUGCCAUGAGAGGAUACUUAGAGGGCUCU